AUGCGCUGGCGAGGAAUUUGCCCUACGAAAGAAUUGGAUUUGGAAAGGGGCUUUCUCGAACGACAGAAUUGGUGGACACACGUCCGACACACCCUUCGCGCACAAGCGCACGCAGCAUACACAGCCAAGCGUCCGUACCUACACGGCCCGGUUCCGAGAGCAUGGCCUGAUGCCAGCGACAUGCGACGAGCACCUCCGAGUUUCCUCAUAGCGAGUGAGCUUGGGAGAUGCGGGGCUAUGACUGGCCAGCGACGUGGGGUCACAUUUCACCUCCAACUCAGCACAACGCACGCUGCAAAGCCUCCGGCACAACACACAUUCUCUCUCACACGGGUGAGCCAAAGGACCAGGCCACCACACAGCACUUUUUAUUUUUAUUUGAUUCGACACCACAUGCAUAGCGACGGACUGGGAUCAUGA